CAUGCUGGUCGCAAACCCAUUAUGUUGGUUUUGUCGUGACACGGCUCAUUUCGAAAUGAUGGCAGUUUCUGGUAUAUAAAUAACUGGUUGACCAUUGUUGUUCAUUAAUGCUUCAGCUUGUAACGAUGUUUGUUAGAGCAGAUGUUAUCGCCAUACUGCUUUGUAUGUUCGUUGAGACUGUCUUUGGAGCUAGGCGUGUUGAUGCGCACGUGCGCGCACGUGAAACAUUGAAGAAACGCCGAGAUCAACGACAAUUACGGGAUGACGUUCCGAUCUAUAUUCCAGAGCUGCUGCAACUUACAGAAGGAGAAUCUCUUGAAAAUGUUCGUGAGACUAACGAUGUCUAUGGUAUGACUGUUGAGCGACUCCAGGAAACGUAUCACGGGAUUAAAGUCCACGACACUGCAGUGACUAUUCACAAAACUAAAGAUGGACAGUUAACGGGAGAAGCAGUCGGGACGUUUGUACAGGAUAUAGAGGGGGACCUGCCAAAUACAGACCCUAAGAUUUCAAAAGAAGAUGCUCUUAAUAUUGCUGUUAAUAAUGAAGGAGAUAAUAUGAAAGAGGUCACCAACGUCAAAAAUUCUAUUGAAAUAUAUUUAGAUGAGAACAAUGAAGCUCGCUUAGCCCAUGUCAUGUCAUAUUUGAUAGAAGGUGUGAAGCGUCCGCAUUAUAUUAUCGAUGCAAAAAUUGGAGAUAUUCUAAAAAAUUGGCAAGGGCUUAAUAAUUAUCCUUGUUGUGAAAGAAAGUAUAAUGCUACCGGUGGAAAUGUAAAGAGCGGGAAAAUAACGUAUGGAAAUAUGCCAUACUGCCUGACACCAACCAUAACUAACGGUACUUGCUUCCUUGAAAACAAGUAUGUCCGGGUUAUAGACACGGAUAAAAGCAGCUAUGAUACUGCACAUUUUGUCUGUUCGGAAGGAUAUAAUGAUGAAGUAAAUGGCGCAUAUUCUCCAGCUGCUGAUGCUUUCUUUCAUGGGACAGUUGUUGGUAAAAUGUUUGAAGAAUGGUUUGAUACAACACCAUUUGGGGAUCGUGACAUUAUUCUUAAGGUCCAUGACGGAUAUAAUAUGGAAAACGCUUACUGGGAUGGUGAAUACUGCUCAUUUGGCGACGGUUACAAUAAUUUUCAUCCACUGACAACACUUGACAUUGUCGCGCAUGAAAUAGGCCACGGCGUAACUGAAUUCAAUUCUGACCUUGAGUACUAUGGAGAAAGCGGGGGUAUAAAUGAGGCGUUUUCUGACAUUAUGGGUGAGACUGCGGAAUAUUACUUACUUGAAGCUGAUCUUAUGACUGGUGGCACAGUUAUGAAGAAUGGUCCAUACUUGCGUGAGUUCGAGAGGCCAGAGAAUGAUAACUCGUCCAUUGGUCAUGUUGAUCAAAUGGAUUCGUAUACAGAUGUUCAUUAUAGCAGUGGCAUAUACAGGCGCAUAUGGUUUGUUUUGGUUGCAGAAGAAAAUGUUCCUGUACGUGAUGCAUUUUCAGUAUUUCUACAUGCAAACAAAAUGUAUUGGCAUGAAAGUUCGUCGUUCUAUGAUGCCUCUUGUGGUUUGCUUAAAGCCGCUGUGGACCUUGGGUGUGACAUCCUGCCAUUCAGGAAAGCAUUUAAAGAUGUAGGGAUAGAUUAUUGUACGUCUGUUUCAACAAUUUUGCAAAACAAUGAAACGUUGAAUGGGAUAUUAGUUAGUGACAAAAUUACUCCUGACUUUAUGAUGAAAACACCAAGGUUGGCAGAAACAUUGAUAAUUGACGUUAAGUCAAACACCAGUAACGACAUUAUUAUUGACGUUACUGUACAGGAUGAAAAUUACGAACAUUUAAUAAAUACACAAGCUGCCAAUAGAGUUGAAAUACCAGAUUCUGGCAAUAAAGUAUUUUACAUUAAAUUGUCACUUUCCAAUGACAAGCCGUCAGAUGACUGUGAUGAGAUGGAAGACAACACUAUUUAUGGCGGGGUUGCUGAGGUUUCAAUUACUGCAGGUUUCAUGUGCAAAAUAAACCGUUACGAAUCUUCAGACGUUGACGACUCAAAUGACGUUUCAUUCUCCGGCAGCGGCGAUGAUGAUAACACACAUGACGACGAUAGUUCGUUCUCCGGAAGUGGCGAUGAUGAUAACGCAAGCGACGACGACGACGGUUCGUUCUCCGGGAGCGGUGAUAAUGAUGAUUACGACAGUUCUAGUAAUGAUUAUGAGGACUACUACUACGUUAAUAGAAAUAGAAGGAACAGGCGAAGUGGAAAUAUAUUAGCCACUUGCUAAAACCAGCGAUGCUGCGUGAAUAUCAUGCUGCUUCGUUUGGUUUCUUUCUUUUUAAGUACUUUUUAAAAAUGUAUAUUUCUUAACUAUACUUUAUGUAGACGAAAUUAACUUUUAUCAAAAUAGUGAAAGUUUGUUUUUUAUUGUGUUUAUUAUUUUUCCUACUUUCAUAAAUGAUACAAACAUGCAACUAAAA